AUGAGGAGGAGAAUAUUGAAAUUAAUUCCCAUAUUUCUCUUUGCUUGUAAAGGUAUUCGGAGCACAUGCAAGUUGCAGAGUGAUCUAACUGAAGAAUAGAAGAAGGGAAUUAUUUAGACAGCCUAAAUGCUAGAUUAUAACAAUACUCAAUUAAUCACAUAUACAAGUUUCAAGAAGCCAAAAGAGGGAGAAUUAAUGCCAUUUGUAAUAUAGAAUGGAGAUGAAGAUUAUUAGAUAAUUUUAACUAGAUAUUAAGGAAAAAUAUAUGCUUUUGGUAGUUUGUGUCCUUAUGAUCUGGAAACAGAUUUAUCAGAAGGAAUUUGUUUUGGAGAUAAAUUGUAUUGCCCAAAACAUGGAUGCUAAUUUGAUAUUACAAAUGGGAUGGUUGAAGGACCUCCCUCUAUAGAUAAUUUACCAAAGUUUGGAGUAAAAGAGAAUGAAGAUUCAAUUGAAGUUUACGCCCCUCUAAUAGUGCCAAAAAAGAUCAUUCCGCAAUAUCAUUUUAGAGAUUACAAUGAUCAAAGAAAAGUCAUUAUUUAUGGAGGAGGAGCAGCUGCAUUUGCUUGUCUAACAACUUUGAGAGAAUUUGGAUAUACAGGAGAGUUAUCAUAUAUUUCAAAUGACAAUUAUAUGCCAUAUGACAAGAGUAAGAUGAGCAAAAGAAUCAAAGCAACUAAACCUGAAGACUUCUUUUUUAGAAAAGAUAAAUGGUACUAAGCUAUAGCAAUCGAUGCUCAUUUAGGCAGAAAAAUUUCUUAUGUGAAUAAUAAAUAUAAUAACACAUAUGUGGAGUUGGAUGACAGUAAUAAGAUUGCUUAUGACACAAUAUUGAUAGCAACUGGUACAGAUCCUGUACAUCCUCCCAUUAAAGGAAUUGAGAAUCAAACAGUCUUUUAUUUCAAUUCCCUUGACUCUCAUUAAUAGUUGAAGGAGAAACUGAAAACUAUAAAUGAUCUGGUAUUUUGGUCUUUUUAUUAUAGUCUAUCAUAGGUAUUAAUACUAUGUCAUUAGAAGUGGCAUAAACUAUUCGUUAAGAAUAUCCAAACAUUAAAAUUAACAUCAUUGAUCCCAACGAUGAAAGUCAAUUCUAAGUUCAAUAUGGUCCUGAACUCACAAAUCUUGUAUUGGAUCUACAUGUUGAAAAAGGAAUCAGUAUCUAUGAGAACAUCAAGAUCAAGAAGUUUGAAAAGGAUUCCAUAGUCUUCAAGGGAAAGAAGAAACUCAAAUCUGAUGCAGUGAUCUUAUUCCCAAGCACAGUGUCACCAAAAACUGAAUUUGCAGAAGUUAGUGAUCAUUAAUUUGAAUUUGAUAACGCAGGAAGAGUUAAGGUAGAUUACUUCCAGAGAACUGAUAUUAAGAGAAUCUUUGCAGCUGGCAGUUGUGCCCAUACCUAUUAUUACACAAAUGGUACAGGUCAUAUAGGUGAUCAAUGGUAAGCAUGCUAUAAUUAAGGAAUGACAGCAGCCUAUAAUAUGUUGGCACUUAAUGUUCCUUGGCAUUAAAUUCCUUUCACUUAUACUGAACAAUUUGGAAAGGUCUUAUAAUAGACUAGUUCAUGGCCACAAUUUGAUGAAGUCCAUAUUGAAGGUGAUUUGAAGAAGUGGGACUUUAUCAUCUAUUAUGGUAUGAAUGACUUUGUUGUUGGAGCUGUUGGUACACCAUCUAAAUAGAACAGAAUUGCCAUUGUUAAUGAAGGAAUCAGAUGCAAAAAUAUUCCAUUUAUGUCAGAUCUCAAAAAUGGUAAAUAUUCAACUAAAGACAUCGAAGCAGCUGUCAGAGUAUGUAUCUCAUUUAUAAUAGAAAAUUAAAAAAUCAGGAUGUUACAAGAGUACCUUAUACAAAUUUAGAUAUGAUGUCGUUCCAGAAUACAAUUUAUGGACCUUCAGAGAUAACAUGUCAACAUUCUAUUUCCCAUAUGACAAUGCAGAAAUUUCAGCAGCACCAAAAAUGAAAGGAGAUGAAUGA